ACUCCCUUGGAACCGCACCAAUGGUGGGCUGCCUAUUCAGGCAGAGCCGCGUGAGCUCUACCCCGCGGGGACGGAAGUGGGUGCGGGGCCCGGCUGCUGUGCAGUGAGCGCGCGGCGGUGCCUGCUCCUCGUCUCCCAGCAUGGCCGGGCUGAGCAGCGGCAGUGGCAGCGGCGGCGGCGGCGGCUCCAGCCUGGGGCGGUGCAGCCACGCCGUGGUGCGGGCGCCGCCCGAGUCGCUGCCCCAGCACGCGCUGCGGAUAGAGAAGAGCAAGGAGGUGGACUUCGCCCGGGCCGAGCGGGAGUACCAGCUCUACGUUGGGGUGCUCAAGAACAAGCUGGGGCUGCAGGUGCUGGAGCUGCCGGCCGACGAGAGCCUGCCCGACUGUAUCUUCGUGGAGGACGUGGCCGUGGUGUGCGAGGAAACCGCCCUGAUCACCCGGCCGGGGGCCCCCAGCAGGAGAAAAGAGGUUGAUGCAAUGAAGAGAGCACUAGAAAGUCUUAACCUCAACAUUGUAGAGAUGACCGAUGAAAAUGCAACCUUAGAUGGUGGAGAUGUCUUAUUUACAGGCAGGGAAUUUUUUGUGGGUCUGUCAAGACGGACAAAUCAACGUGGUGCAGAAAUUCUGGCUGACACAUUUAAGGAUUAUGCUGUCUCCACAGUCCCUGUUUAUGGCACUUUGCAUCUGAAGAGUUUUUGUAGCAUGGCUGGACCAAACCUGAUUGCCAUUGGUUCGACUGAAGCUGCGCAAAAAGCCCUCAAGACCAUGCAGCAGAUGAGUGACCAUCGCUAUGACAAAUUGACAGUGCCUGACGACGCUGCAGCAAACUGCAUAUAUCUCAACAUUCCAGGCAAAGGCCACGUUUUGCUGCACAAAGCCCCUGAGGAAUAUCCAGAAAGUGCAAAGGUUUUUGAAAAACUGAAGGACCACAUGCUGAUCCCUAUAGCCAGCACAGAACUGGAGAAAGUAGAUGGGUUACUCACCUGUUGUUCUGUCCUUAUUAACAAAACUUCAGAAUUAUGAGAUAUAGAAUCCCUCCCUUGUAACUGGCAAUAAAGUACAUGCAAGGUAGACCAAUCUA